CAGUUCUUCGUGUGCACUUGGAGUCUCCGAGCGCAGCCAAAGGAAUUACUUUGCGUAGCUGACGUCAGGAAAAUACCUCACCAGCGGAGUGCGACCAACUGGCGGUGAGCAGGGAGCUGCUGAAGAGGAUGUGAGGAGCAAUCGUGGAAGAGGACUCAGUCCGACCUUGUCUGGCUCACAGUCCUGCGCCUGGCUGUGUGUAAAUGCUGCUAAAAUAGUUGGCGGCGUUUAAAGCCUAUUCAGGCGCGUACAACUUUGGCCCUCAUUCAUGUUUUUAUUCGCAACACAUCCACGUCUGGGUGAUGUGUACAGGAAUAGACCAACACUACUCCAACCUCUUCCGCAUAUUGGAUUUCUAUGCAAAGAGACGGUCGCCAGUGUCCCUCCAAGGAUUCGGGAAAUGAAGACUGUUGCUGACACGGACUCAGUAUUUUUGGACUUUUGAAACGGUGUUUCACGCAGUUUCGAUCAAGAGGUUUUCUUUACCCCACGAAGCAUUCGCUCCCGUGUGUGGGAUUACUCGCUGCAUUGCUUGUAUUGAAAUACAAUCGAGUUUUGGAUAAGCCCGUGCUGUGCAUCGUACAGUGCACAAAUUCGAUCAUAAUGCAUGUUAUUUAGGACAAGCUCUGUCUGUACAAAGUGCCAAAUUAAGCCGGAAUGGCGAACGAGUGUAAUCGCAACAUUGUGGAAAAGUAUAUCUGCCAUAAACUCUCCAAACAGGGCUACGUGUGGGGAUCUGACGAUGUCCGGGAUGAAGAUGCUGCUAAUAAUGGGUCAAUAGUUGCCCCUCCACCGACUUUGGUCCACCGGUGCCGUGAGGCCAGCACCGGGCCUGACAGCGAGAGCAUCCCGCACCUCUGCAAACGGCUCCCCCAGUCGGACCCGCACGCCGCCAUCCACAGAGUCCUGCGCGAGGCUGGAGAUGAACUUGAAAGACUAUACCAGCCGGACUUCACGGAGAUGUCGCGGCAGCUGUAUCUGACCUCCACCACGGCGCAGCGGAGAUUCGCCGAGGUGAUAGACGAACUGUUCCGGGACGGGGUGAACUGGGGCCGGAUUAUCGCCUUCUUCGAGUUCGGGGGCACGGUGUGCGUGGAGUGCGUGGCGAAGGAGGAGAUGAAACCGCAGGUGGACAACAUCGCGGAGUGGAUGACGGAGUAUUUAAACGGACCUCUGAACAGCUGGAUACUGGAUAACGGGGGAUGGGAUGCCUUUGUGGAGCUGUAUGACAGACAGAGGGACUCCGUCUUCAGUUGCUCCUGGCCCUCCAUUAAGACGGUCUUCGGUAUGGCUGCGCUCGGGGCGGCCAGCCUCACCAUCGGCGCAUACCUGACACAGAAGUGAACGAGCCCUCCUUCAACCAGCGUGACUUUCUCAUCCUCCUCCUUCUCCCUCUCCUUGUGCCUCUUCUUUUCCCUCCUAAAUACGCCCCUGACCCCUCAGAGACAACCUUCAGACUCCUCUGAAGCUGGCUCUCUUCAAAGCGCUCGCUCAAGAAAAUUCCCUCUUCCUCGCCCCUCCAUGUCAAAACAGACACAAAUCAAAACAACUGAAGCAACCAGAUGAACAGCCCGUACGCAACAAAGGACGCCUUGAGAAGAGGCAGCUUAGAUGUAAUCACACUAAGCUGAGCACAACUGAGGAGACGGGAGGAGUUUUGUUGUUCUGCCUGCAUUUGUACUAGUUAUAGCAUGAACGUUGAGUGUUAGUGUAGACGUUGCAUGUGUCAGAGCUCAUGCGGGACCUCUAUUCGGAGGCCUUGAUGAUGGGGGUGCGGGGACAAUGAUGCCCCACGCCGGAGAGGAAGCGGCCGCGGCCCCGCCCCUGCUUGUUAGGGUGAAGAACCCCGUUUGAACUGUGGACUCCAGUUACCCCCCCUGCAGCCGUCCUUCAAAGGACUUCCUCCACAGAACAGCUGCUCAGAAUGUAUAAUGGAAACAGCUUGCUACAACCAGCGAGCUGUGUGUCUACUGCUUUCACUCCUCAGACAGCUCCAGUGAACUCUGAACACUGCACCAUUAUACGCUCCCUGGCCUUUAACAAGUGGAGGAAGGGCCAAUGGGAGACUGAGGUCUGCUGAUCUUUCUUUUGCGGAGUUUUUGAAAGCUCCUUGAUUGCUUGAUUUGUACGCUGGUUUUAAUUUUCGCAGCACUCCAAACCCCAAAUCGUGUCGUUUUACCAUGGAAAAAGACAACAGGUUUUUUACAAGGAGUUAAAAACAUGAGAAAGAAGCCUGUUGCAUAAAAAUGUCACAAGCUGGUGAAUACACUGUUGAGCACAGCACAAGAGUGGGGUAGAAGUACAACAAACAUUGCAUUUUGCAUCCUAAGAAGGGAGUGGGCCGCUGCAACAUAAAUGAGAUUUUUAAGCGUGCAUUCUUCAAGCGAAGCGACGGUAACGAGGCCGCUCCUCUGCUAAAAAUUCCUCCCCUUUAAAAGCAUCCUCAGAUUAGCACCAAGUGAUUCUAACAGCUAUCAGUUCUUUUCUAUUUUCUACCUCUGUUGCAGCUUUCCGACUCAAACUCAGUCCAUUUGUGGUCAGAUUGCAUGGGCUCACCCAGGUUUCACAGCGGACCCUGUCAGCGUGCGGCGCCAAGGCCCCACGGUGACUCGGUAACACUAGAGUCCGCUCGGACAAAGACGCUUGUUGACGUGGACUGAGAAAACCUCUCCUGGCCCGCAGAUGACUGAGUGGAAUACCACGACAGCAGGGUUUCAGCUUAGGACGAAAGCCAGUGUGUCCCGGGUGCUGGAACCUGAGAUGUCCAUUCUCUCUGCUCUGCAGAUGCAUCCAGUCAUUGAUUUGUUCCUUUCAGCCUGUUUUAUUGAUGUCUGUCUUGUGUUACAGUCUGAUAGAAAAGUUUGGAAAUGGUCACAGGCUCUGAAAUAUUUUGUUGUACUUAGCAAGUCAGUUAUGGAAAAGUGAUUUUUUUUCCUUUCCUGUGUCAUUAAAAAUCUUCUUCGUUGCAUGGAUGAAAGAUCUUCACACAGCAAAUCUGCAAAUAUUCACCAUGUGUCAGCAUAUUUAUAACAGAAUAGGGUAGAAGAUACAAAUAACAGCAAAGUUGCAUUUUCUAUUUAUUGAGAGGUACCAGAUCACAGAUUUUUUAACAGUACUCUGAUUUUUUUUCACUUUUUUCUAUUCUAUGGAAUCACACUGUAACUACAUUUUUUUCCUGGCUGCUAUUAUAACAAGAAAAAUGUUUAAAAAGUGAAUUUCUGUGUUGUAUUAAUAUUGGCUUAAGGCUGCUAUACUGUCAAUUUAACUUUUACUUACAGCUUAAACUGCCACAGAUUUACAGUAUAGUUCUAGAGAGCUGGAAACCAAAGUUAACUUGUAUUAAUCUUUAAUUUAAACAAACAAACAAACAAACAAAAAAGAGUAGCUUAACGAGAAUACGUGUCGCUUCACUUCUCUGAGUCUGUUCAGUGAGGUUUUCUGAUCUCUCUGUGGAGGGUUUGUCUAGUGUUACUGUACUAUAUCAGCUUAACUUUUGUCAACUUUGUGCUCCCAUGAUAACUCAGUGCUUAUCUGUAAAAAUGUUGACCUGCCAGAGGUGAACCUUGUCUAUCACUAUAAAGCACCCCAUCCUCACUACAACAGCUCACCGUGCGUCACAUUCCUAGUGAUGUGUAUGUAAGAGACAAACAGAGGGUGAUUCAUGAGCAGGAACAGUUUAACAGCAAUAUACUGUAACUUUUUAUAUUCUCUGUGCAUAUAUAUAUAUGAAUGUAGGCACUAUGGUUGCUGUACUGUUUUAUGUCUAUAAUCACAAACCUGUAGCACUUAAAAAAAAAGUGAAUUGUGUUUCUGUUGUUUACUGCUAUAUCCACGAUAAGCUAGCGGGAUCAUAUUGUUCCUAAUAAACCAGAUUUCUCAAGCAGCUGCA